AUGUUCAGAACCGCUCUUCUCAGAACAGCCCGCAGCGCUGCUAGCAAAGCUGUCCACAGACCUACAGCAAUUGUUCGUCCUAUUGCCCCAAGUUCUUUCAUCACAAAAUCUCAAUUCGCCCCAUCGGCUUUCCAAGCCGCAAGAUGCUACUCCGCAGCCGCCGGUCUUGAGAAGAAAGAGGUUGAAGGCAGAAUCCUGUCUUUACUAAACAACUUCGACAAGGUGAGUUUCCGACCCAACGAAGGUAUGAUAUUUGAUAGUGUAGAAGCAACAGCGCACUUCUCGAAUGAUCUUGGGUUAGACAGCCUGGACACGGUAGAAGUUGUUAUGGCUAUUGAGGAGGAAUUCAGCAUUGAAAUCCCAGAUAAGGAUGCCGAUGCUAUUCUCAGUGUUGACCAAGCCGUCGAAUAUAUCCUCCACCAACCAGAUGCUCACUAG